UUAUUUAUUUAUUUUUUUUUUAUUGGGAGAAAAAAUUAGCUUCUCCCCCAAAUCCAUGGCUGCCAAUUCCCCAAACCCUAACCCCAAUCCCAGUACCGAUGAUCGUAAAUAUCCUCCUCCGCCUUCCCCUGCAAUUAAGCCGGUGGCGAAGGCGGACGGCAAGGAUUUCCUGACACACCUCGAGAUCUACUUAGCCAAGCGCGACGGCGUCGACAAGCUCCUCAAAAUCUCGCGCUACGCCACCAAAGUCCUCCUCGCCUCCUCCAUCGUCGCCGACCACCACCCGCUCCUCCCCCGCCUCAAAUCCUUCGAAGCCAGCGUCGGCGUCAGCCGCAAGGCCUUCCGCCUGGGUAAGUUUGUCCAGGAUAUCAACGCCUUGCGCGGAAUCGAUUUCGCCUCUCGUUCCUCCUCCUACCUCUUCCUCUGCGCGAUCGCCUAUGGCGGUGAAGGUUUAUACUAUUUCGUCGAGCAAUUGGUGUGGUUGGGAAAAGCCGGACUGAUCGACAAGCGGCGUUUGCCGAAGCUGCAGCUGAUGAGCGCCUGGUGCGAAUUCGUCGGGUAUUUCGGUAGCGUGAGCUUGAAGGUGCUUGAAUUGAGGAAGAUCGGUGAAAUUGAGUCGUCGUCGUCGUCGUCAUCGGAGGAGGAUGUGAAGAAGUUGAGGGAGAAGAAGAAGAUGAAGAGGCUGUCUGUGGUUCAGGAUUUUGCGGAUGCGUUGAUGGCGUUGGCGGAUAUUAGAGAAGGAAUUGCGCCACCGCCGGCGGUGAUUUCCUCCGCCGGGCUGCUGUCGGCGGUGAUCAGCACUCAUAAGAAUUGGGUUUCUUGCUGAGCUAGGUACGCAAUUGAUUGAUUAAUUAAUUUUCUGUGUUGUGCUGAUGAUUUGUUGAGUUAAAGAUUAGAAUUUAGGGUUAGAGAGAGAGAUGAAUAAUUGGAGAAUUGUUGUUGGUUGAUUGGAUGAACAGAGAGAGAGAGAGAGAGAGAGAGAGAGAGGUUUAGGUAAAUUGAUAAUGGAAGAAGAAGAAGAAGAUGAUGAUGAUGAUGAUGAAGAAGAAGAGGAAUAAGAAUUGGAAUUGGAAUUGAAAGUAAAACAUGAUGCAAUGUUGAAAUGUUGUUAGCUGUUCCUCCUUUGA